CACCCCCCACCUUUCCCAACUGGUCCAGAUAAGUGAUAGGAUCAAAGAGUAUUGAGAAAGCAAAAAGCAUGAAAUAGCACUAAACAAAAAACAAAUGUAAAAUAUAUUAUAUAUAUAUAUUUCUAAUCUAAUUGCAUAGUAUGAGUCCAGUAUAAUCAGGUCACCUGCUGUGCAGCACCCCGGAAACAACACAAGAUACUGAAAUUGUACUCAGAGAAUUGAUUGAUUAGAUGAAUAACAAAAAUUGGACUCAAAUUUACGCAUGUCUUUCCAUCUUGAAAAAUGCCAGUUAUAGUAACCCUAACCAACAAUUCUACACAAAAAAAAACUAAAACAAAUGAAAACUUAAAAGAUUUAGCUUUCAAUGCAUAGUAAACUAAAUAGACUAAAAACUCAAAAUACCUAGAUCUCAGCUGGUGUUAUAAUAAUUUAAAGUUAAAAUAGAAUCCCCAAAUUGAUGUAAUAAUUAAGAAAUCAAACAAAGCAUUAGGGCUUAUGAAGAGAAUUUUUUUUUUUACAAACCCAGCAAGAAAAUACAACUUUAUUUAACCUUGGUUAAACCAAUAUUAGAAUAUUGUUUGGGACCACUCAACUCAAGAAAACAGAGAAUUUAGGCCUAUUCACAUUUGACUAGAAUAACACCAUUAAUAAAAUUAUUACUUGUACGAAUGUGAACUUCGUAGAAUUGGCUUGAUCAGACACUCUAGAUUCUGCCCUAUCUCAAGACGAAACCAAAGCCAGUGACUCAUCUGGGAGCAUCCAUUAUCUACUAGACAGAAGGAGCCAUAUAUAUAUAUAUAUAUAUUGUAAUGUUGGAUGCAGGCUUCCGAAUGCUAUGGUCUAUUCAUCUCUCUAAUGGAAAUCUACUUCAACGGACUUCUGCUUUGUUCUUUGUCACAGUUCCUCAUUUGAGAUCUUGUCUGGCCUUCAGAUUUUAAGAAUCUUUCUCAGGCAGAUUUCUAGGAUGCAUGCCAGUAUAUAGCAGAGAGGAUGAUAUCUUAGCAACAAAAAUCGUGUCCUUUUUCCCACAAAAUAAAGAUGUAUCAACACAUCAUGCCGUGAUACUGGUAUUUUGUGCACAUACUGGUAUUCCAAAAGCACUUCUGGAUGGUGAUGUCAUAACAGCUAAAAGAACUGCAGCAACAUCUGCUGUUGCUACAAAGUAUCUAGUUAAUGGCAAACCAGAUGUUUUAGCUUUGCUAGGUUCUGGGGUACAAGCUAGAUCACAUGUUGCAGCCCUCUGUGAGCUUUUCACUUUUAAAGAGAUUAGAAUCUGGAAUCACCGAUUUGAUGGUGCUGUCAAAUUAGCAAAAGAAAUUGGAUUGAACUGUGCAGCUUGUCGUGAUGUCAGUGAAGCUGUCAAAAAUGCUGAUGUCAUUGUAACUGUCACUAGUGCCAAAGAUCCUGUGCUUAGACUUGACUGGGUCAAACCAGGUGCACACAUUAACGCUGUAGGGGCAUGUAGACCUGAUUGGUCAGAGAUAGAUGCAGAUUUGAUGAAAUCUGCUGUGGUCUAUGUAGACAGUCGCGAGGGGGCGAUAAAAGAGAGUGGAGACAUUAUAUUAUCUCAGGCUGAAAUCUAUGCUGAGAUAGGGGAGGUAAUCCUUGGUACAAGGGAAGCAAUGAGAAAAAAAACAACAGUUUUUAAAUCCUUAGGCAUGGCCAUUGAAGACGGUAUUGCAGCAAAACUUGUGAUCAACAAACUCGGAAUACAAUAAUAGUAGGAAGUUAUACAGUGUCAUGGGAUGUUUUUAUUGACUAACCAAUUCCUUUAAUCAGAUAAUAUUUUUGUAUCCUAACCUAUUCAAUUAGUAUAUAUACCCCUAGGAUAUAUGCCUAUAUACCCAAGAAAUUGAAACCAUUAUUUAUGUAAACAGACCAGCUGAAGUGGUGAAAUGAAUGAAUGUUUUAAUUACAAAAUGAUUUCAAAUUUCUUUGGAUAAUUACUUACAACAUUGCUGUUUGAUUUUUUUUACCUUGUCAUCUGAGCUGUAAACGAAACAAUUUUAAAUAAAUAACAGUUUUAUCACCAUCAUAAACAUUGUACUCAAAUAUAAAAAAACACAAUGUAUUAAUGUAUGUUAAAUGAUGAUGAAGUCCCCCUUCCCUUACCAAAAUGAGCAAUAUUUACUCUUUGUUAGCCAAUGUAUAGGAAUAGAUCUACGAGUAUUUAUAUGUAUAGACCAGAAUAAAGAAUGAAAGCAAGACAUGCUCCAGGGUUCAAUCUCUUUUGUGGACCUGUUGGAAAGUGGGUAUAUAGGAGAAGGUUUCUGUGCUGCCUUUAGGCACUCUGCGAACACAUCUUAGCUUAAGGUAUUGAAACUUUUGAAACUUGAGCCCCCCACCCCCCGAUAGUUAGCCAGGCUGUUUAUACGAUUCAGCCACGUCCAACAUUGUGCAUUUAUAAAAUAUUUUUGAUAUGUAGGUAAUUGAUUUAUUCUAAAAUAUUUUUUUGGUUAAUGUUCAUUGUGCAAUAUAAUUAAUUUGUUAUUAGUUGUAAAAAAAAAUUAUUUAAUUUUGAGAUUUCUUUUUGUUAUUUUAGUGUAUAUAUGUUGUCUUUGAUUAGUUAUUAUUGUUAUUAUUAUUGUAUUGUUAAAUUAUAUAUUCCUUUUUUUUUUUUCACUUUGAAAAAGAGCAGGUCUGUAAGAUCAAAUUGAUUUUAUAAAAGUUAAGAAUAAAAUAGUGCAUAAUAAAAUAAUUAAAUACUCAAAAGUGUGUCUGACUUUACUAACACACUUAAUAGGAAAUUUAGACUUUUACUGUCACUAAGCAGUCAUUUAACUUAUGAAAGAACAUAAAAAAUGUCUUCUCUUUAUUUUCUUACAAAGCUUAUAUCAACUCACUUAGUCUGUCUGUCAGAUAAAAAGUUUGUACAUGUUAUUUCUCACACACCCAAUCUCUAAUCAAACUGAAAUAUUGCUCAAUUAUUUCUUUAUCCAACAAAACAAGAAUUAAUUAAGAAAAAUUAACCAAUUAGUUAAUUAACUAUAGGUAAUUUGAUAUUUUGUUGUAGUUCGAAUUCAGGUCUUUCAACUUUUUUUUUUCUUUUUAACAAAUAAACUGCUAUUAUAAAGUUUGAAUGUUUUACUGCUAUUAUAAAGUUUGAAUGUUUUACUGCUACUAUAAAGUUUGAAUGUUUUACUGCUAUUAUAAAGUUUGAAUGUUUUACUGCUAUUAUAAAGUUUGAAUGUUUUACAGCUAUUAUAAAAUCUGAAUGUUUUACAGCUAUUAUAAAAUCUGAAUGUUUUACAGCUAUUAUAAAAUCUGAAUGUUUUACAGCUAUUAUAAAAUCUGAAUGUUUUACAGCUAUUAUAAAAUCUGAAUGUUUUACAGCUAUUAUAAAACCUGAAUGUUUUACAGCUAUUAUAAAACCUGAAUGUUUUACAGCUAUUAUAAAACCUGAAUGUUUUACAGCUAUUAUAAUGUAUAAUGUUUUAUAAGCAUUUAAAAAUCCAUCACGGUAACAAUCACCCAGAUACAAAUAUUAAAUCCUAAAUCCAA